UGGAGAUAAUCAUUAGAGGAAAGGCACUAGCAUUGAAGGGAUCCAGAAAAGUUUCUCCCUUAAGUUUAGCUGAGAACUGAAGGAAAACAGGGAAGCCAAAAGGCAGAGAUGAGGAGGGGAAGCAUUCCAGGUGGGAGAGACUGAGUCAGGUGCUGGAGUGUCCUUGAAACACUUAGAUCUUACACUGUAAUACUUGUGAACUAAAUUGUUCCACAACAAAUACCUUUGUGACAUGGAGACCCAAAUGCUCUAGCAUUAAAAGUGUUUGCAUUUUUUAAAAGUAGAAAAAUGUCCCCUGGCUGCCUGUCUCCUAGUGGCCAUGUACUCCUAGCUUUAUAUCUGCUCAGGAUUAUUGCCUCUAGCCUACAUUAUGUUGGUCUGAGAAUGUGGCUGUCAGUUGUUCCCGUGAUCAAUCAGAGCAGCCAGAUCCCAAGAGUGAAACAUUUUCCUCAUAGUGAUUGUUCUCACAGGAUCAUCAACUGAGAGCAGGAAGGGGACAUCUAAUUCAAUCAUCUCCUUUUACAAAUGACAAAAUUAAGCCCCAGAGAGCACAACGCCCUGUGUCACACAGCUUCUCCCUUGGCUCCACCGUGCAGUCUCAUACAAAGGGCAUCUGGAUGUGGUGCGUCCCUCACCCCAGCAAACUUGACUAUACCUUGGUUCUGCUUGAUACUGAGGGCCUUGGAGAUGUGGAAAAGGGUGACUCCAAGAAUGACUCCUGGAUCUUUGCCCUGGCCAUCCUGCUCAGCAGCACUUUUGUCUACAACAGCAUGAGCACCAUCAAUCACCAGGCCUUGGAACAGAUGCAAUAUGUAACAGAGCUGACAAAGUUAAUCAAGGUCAAAUCCUCACCUAAUGCUGUUGGAGAAGACUCAGCAGAGUUUGCGGGCUUCUUCCCAGACUUUGUGUGGACUGUGCGAGAUUUUACCUUGGAGCUUAAGGUAGAUGGACACCCCAUCACUGCAGAUGAGUACCUGGAAAAUGCCUUGAAACUCAGUAAAGGCAACCAUCCCAAAGUUCAAAUGGCCAACCUUCCACGAGAGUGCAUCAGAAAAUUCUUUCCAAAAAGGAAGUGUUUCAUAUUUGACCGUCCAACAAAUGAUAAGUCACUCUUAGCCCAUCUUGAAGAUGCCCAAGAAAGCCAGCUGGAGCCUGCAUUCAAGGACCAGUCAGACAACUUCUGCUCUUACAUCUUUUCCACUGCAAAACCCAAGACCCUUAGUGGGGGCAUCAUAGUCAAUGGGAUUCGGUUGGGAAAGCUGCUGGAGACUUACGUGAAGACAAUCUCUAGUGGAGAUAUUCCCUGCCUGGAGAAUGCAGUGUUGGCCUUGGCUCAGACUGAGAACUCAGCUGCUGUGGAAAAAGCUACUGAGCAUUAUGUAGAGCGGAUGGUCCUAAAGGUGGUCUUCCCCACAGAAACCCUCCAGGACCUGCUAAGCCUACAUACAGACUGUGAGAAAGAAGCUAUCUCAGUUUUCAUGAAGCAUUCUUUCAAGGAUGACACACACAAGUUCCAAGAGGAACUGGUGAAAAUCUUAGAAUCCAAGAAGGAUGAUUUUAUACGUCAAAAUGAGGAGGAAUCAAUCAAAUAUUGUCAAACUAAGCUUGAAUACCUCUCAAAGACCCUGAUGGAAGCCAUUCCUCAAGGCACCUUCUCUGUGCCAGGGGGUUACAAGCUCUACAGGAAAGAAAAAGAAAAAAUAAUGAAUGAUUAUCACCAAGUUCCCAGGAAAGGGGUAAAGGCAGACGAGGUCCUCCAAAGGUUUCUACAGUCACUGGCCAUGACAGAAGAAUCCAUCCUGCAGACAGAUCAAGCUCUCACUGAACAAGAGAAGGCUUUAGAAGCUGAACAAGUGAAAAGAGAAGCAGCCGAGAAGGAGAAGAACUUGUUGGAACAGCAACAAAGGGAAAUGCAGGAGAAGAUGAAAGCUCAGCUGAAAACUUAUGAAGAAAACGUCAACCAAUUGACAAAGAAGAUGGAGGAGGAGAGGAUCCAGAUCCUGAGAGAACAAGAAACGAUUCUGGAAGAUAAGCUAAAGGAACAAAAGAAGCUGAUGGAGGAAGGGUUUCAUGCAAAAGCUGAAGAAAUGAAAAAUCAGAUGAAAGAACUACAAAAACAGAUUGAAGAUACUAAGAGUAGAAAGACCUCUGUGUGGUCCUCAAUUUUACAUAAUUUGGGCACUGCAUUGAUGGUCCUGUUACCUGGUGUAGGAAAAUUAUUAGGGUUCGGGAUGAACGGAUUGGCUGAAUUGGUGCAAUAACCAAAUGGGUUUAAGUUUCUCAAAAAAAGUUAAAGAAUAUAUUUGCUCCAUCUAAUAAAUCAUUGCUCUGAGACUUCCUUACA